UGAACAUAUCCUUACACUCUUGACUCUCAGGUGCUUUCCCACUCUUGAAGAUCCCGAUGCGUCUUAUCAAAACGGAUACUCUUGAAGUGCAAGAGUUUAUUGCUGACGAUGACAUCCCUCGAUAUGCAAUAUUCUCUCACACAUGGGCUGAUGAAGAAGUAAAGUACGAAGAGAUGCUUGACUCUUCGCGCUUCCACAAGAAAGGUUAUCAGAAGAUCACCUACGCUUGUCAACAAGCUGUGUCAGAUGGUCUAGAUUGGAUGUGGAUUGACAGUUGUUGUAUCGACAAGCGAAGCAGUGCAGAGCUAUCGGAAGCUAUCAAUUCUAUGUACCGCUGGUACGAGGCGGCUGCUGUCUGCUACGUCUACCUAGCAGACGUCUGCUCUACUCUAGACUCCGAACAAGGUCUACUCGAGUUCAGAAACAGCCGGUGGUUCACCCGUGGAUGGACAUUGCAGGAGCUUCUGGCACCUCGAAAUGUUUUGUUCUUCUCCCAGAGCUGGACCCAUCUUGGAAACCGGGAGAGCUUGCAGACCUUGAUCUGUGGUAUUACUGGAAUCGAACCAAAUUUUUUAUUAGGUCAGGAUUUGGAUUUCGCGAGCGUUGCAAAGAAAAUGUCGUGGGCGGCUCAUCGAAACACCUCUCGAAUUGAGGACAUUGCCUAUUGUCUGUUAGGGAUUUUCGACGUCAAUAUGCCACUUCUGUACGGCGAAGGGAAGAAAUCCUUUCUCCGGUUGCAGGAGGAGGUAUAUCGGGCCUCUGGAGAUGACUCAAUAUUUUCGUGGGGUAGUCCUUACAGGUUGGACUCGUUCCUCCGGUCCAAAAGUCCAAGCCUAGAUCACAAGCGAUCAAGAGGUUCUGAAACUACUCAAGCCAAAAUUCAUCUCACAGCUGACGAACCUCUUCUUGGACUCCUGGCGGUUUCUCCGAAAGCGUUCAAAGAUAAUGGAAACAUUAUGCGCCUUCGUUCUUUCGAGAGCAUUGGGGUUCCUCCCGUCUUUUUUGGCGGUGGAGUGCGCAUCGGUCUUCCAAUAGCGAAGCAAAUUCUUCCGGAUGGGAAUUUGGUUGACUUACCGUGGUUGAAAGAGGCAUCUGUGGCCAUUCUGGGUUGUCGGAUGGAGCGCGAACAUCAAACCAUCAUCGGCUUGUUGCUCCGUCCAUGGGGUGGCAAGUUCUCUGCCAGGUGCGGAAAUCCAGUCAUCCUUCGGACUGACUCGUACAAUUUCUGGGACAAAGCCGAUCCGUACCUAGAGAAACAGAUCAAAUUUUUCGAUAUCAAGGCCCCGAAGCAUCAUCCGAAGUAUAUGAUCAGUCUCAGUCAAAUCCCAUACGCGGCAACAGGAUAUGCUUUGUCUCGUGUUAGAUCGAAUCAAGGUACCAAGUGGAACAAGAGAGACUACGUACUGGAAUGCAAUGACGGUGUUGACGCUCUCCUGGCCGCAUUUGUGUUCAAGGCGAAUGGAAAACAAGCAUUCACAGUUAUUCUAGCGCGUGGGACUAGAGGUGAAUGGAGAAAGUACAUGGAAGAUAACAUCCAGAAUCUUCCUGUGGAUAGCUCGGAUCCGUAUGGUUGGAAGCUGGCGCGUCAGCUAGCUGGAGAUGCCGAGCCACAAGGACUCUUGGUAAUCUGCGCACCUCUUGACAUCGGGUUGAGCUUGCAAGACACGCCUUGGGCGGAUGGCUGUUCCUCUGGCAACCCAACCUUCAAAGACGAGGGAGGGUUCGACAGACGCGCGAUAGCUCGUGUCAUGCAAUCAUCAAGGAUCUGCUGGUUGCAAGAGAAUGGGUCCAUGAACCGCGAAUUUAGGAUGGAUGACCUGAGGGUCAAGGUGAAGCUAGACUGGAUGAAAGCUCCGACGGUAAAUUCGGAGAACACUACAGUUGAGAUUGAAGUACUUUAGUCUUGCCUUUUGUUUUCAUUGCCGUCCUAUCCCGG